GAAAAUUUGCUAGUUUGUGUGCGUGGACUAAACUUGUGAAAUGAUUCCUAUCUAGAAGCUAUCCCUCGAAUAAAUCAGCCUGGUGUGAUGAAGUUUUAGCUGGCGACUUUCGCCUACCAAAUUAUUUGUAUAAGAAACACUCUGGCUCACCAAUGCAUCGUUGAUGCGAUUCCAAGUUAACACACUAAUGAAAAAUCUUUAUAAGUGCGAGCGACGAGAGUUUCAGUCUGUCAAAAUUUUUUUUUAAAUAAUCGAACAGGAUUCGGAGUAAUUUUAGAAAAUUCAAUAUUUGAAAAGCCUGAAAGUGAAUAGGCACUUGUGACUGGCAAAAUCAUUUUCUAAAGGUACAAAUUACGCACUUCCCAGGUUAUACACGUCAGUAAGAUAAUACGCCACGAGAAGAUGAACGAACACGGAGAAGCUAGGGGUGGUAAUCAUGGACCUAGACCAGGUGUAGUUCCGACCGGUAUAGCACAGCAUUUCGAGGGGAGUAUUGAAGAUAUCGAUCGGCAACUGGAAGCACUUGAUCAGGAAAGCGACUCCGACUCUGAAUCAUUAGAGGAACUUGAAGCGUGCGAAAACAUCGAAGUUGUCAAUCGAGCUAGUGGCUCGGCAGAUGGACAUGAAGAUCAAUCUGGUCCUGCUCUCGAUGUUACCGUUCGGUAUACGAUUUGUUUGUUUUGCAAGAAACCUUUCCAGUUGAAAAAAGAACUGAAGAAACAUCUUUUUGAGCACAUGAAGAAUUUGAAACCGAUGAAAGAAAAGAAGAUUGUCGAAAAAAAGUUCAAAUGUCACAAGUGUUUCAAGACGUACACUGAAAUGGCACGCGCAGAAAAGCACAUGACAAAAUGCAAGAAGGUUUCGAAACUGCUGCUGGAUAUGAGCAACGCAACACCCGAUGGGAACCGGAUACUGAGUGGCGGCGCUGACUACGAAGGGGGUGGUGGUGGCGAUAAAAAGAAAAGUGGAAAGUUUCGGGAGCCUACCUCGCCAAGAUCACUGGUUUUUGAUCCCGAAUCGGAUCAAGACGAACGAUGGGAGCAUCGGGAACGAAACACGGUGGUGCAUUUCGACGAAAGAACCAUGGCCAGGGGAGGAAGUACAGAUGAGUCACCAACCUCGCCGCCGGCUGUCAGCGGUGGCGGAAGUAGCUCGUAUUUUCAACAGUAUCAAAGGUGUAAGUAAUAUGUCGACUGAUACACGUAAGGACGAGUGAUUUGGAGCUUUUAUGUAGCCGCAACGACCGAAAGUCGCUAAGUCGUAUAUUAUAAGUGGUAUAGUCUAAAACAUGGUGUGAGGUCCGAAAAAUGUUAUAUUUGAAUUGAAUGCUAUUAGAAUCAGUGGCUAAGCUACACCAAGAGGAAAAUCCAAAAUUUCCACAAAUGUAAUGCAUAAUAAAAGACUCAGGAUACACAACUCCCGUACAGACAGACACACACCUAUAUUUGGUUAUUUAGUUCGAUAACUUACAAAACAGUCAAAACGGUUUUGAAAUAUAAAGAAACGGAACAUAAUAAAUGAAGAUGUUCGAAUGGUGGAAUAUGGUUAUGAAAUAUUCAGUAAAUAUUAUUAACCGUAAUUUAUUUAAACAGACUACAUAUAAGGAUUGUGAUACUUGCCACAUACUUUUUAAUUAUUAUAACUACUUGCAUUAUCGGGAAUUUGAUAUUUAUUUCAUUACAUAACCGAGCAUAUAAGCACACAUAUACACAUUUUCGAAUUAAAUUACUCUUACAGACACACAUGUCAGAAUUUAAACUAUACGACACACCCUAGUAUAUAAUUCAAUCAACUUUUCCGCAAAUUCAGUUUACUUCGACUGAAUUUUUCAAGGCGGCUAACAGAAAUUGAUAGUAGCAUUUAUGAAAUAAUUACAUAUAAGUAUUAGAAUUGAGUGGAAACCUCACAGAUCCAUACACGAUAAGAAAUCAAAUUCUCGAAACCGGUCCACAUGCGGGAAGUGCAAGUGAUUAAAUAACGAUUAUUUAAUUUUGAUUAUGUUUGUUGUCGGAUGUUCUAUAUUCAUGAUCAAUUGCAUUACUUUUGUUGUCAACUUGUUUGGAUCGCUUAUGGCAAAAGUUCCUUAUGUAAAACAUGGAGGUUAACUAAAUCAACUUUUUCGAAACAAUUGUGAGAACGUUGAGUAAUAAAUAUAUUAACGUAUCCUGUUUAGCGAUCUUACGCUAUGGCUGGAUUUCUUGCUGACUUGUAAUUAUAGUUGAAAAUUAGACUACCCUACUUGUAACCAAUAUAAGUAUAUUUAUCACAAAUUGGAAGCGAAACAAAACUGCUAUCGAAAUCCAAAGUUUCAACUUUUCAAACAGUGUGAUUUAACAGCUUCAAGUAUUCAUGUUAAUUUUAUUUCGAAAUUAGCUACUGGAAGAUCAUUUCUCAACUCUUAUUAUGAACAGCGAAAAUGGAGCUACAAUUCUUUUCGAGAGAGAGAGAGAGAGAGAGAGAGAGAGAGAGAGAGAGAGAGAGAGAAAUCAGCAAAAAGGUGUUCAAAAACUACACUUCCCAAUCCAACCGAAACCAGACUACAUGAAUACAAUAACUGUUACUAAAUGACUGCUAUCUCAAAAGCUAUUGAAAAAUCUGUCUAAUUAACGUAAUUUCAAUAAUCAAGUUAAAAAACCUUUGAAAUCCAUUUUUUGUUAUAGUCAUCUAUUAAAAAAUACAAUCCAUUGCACUCAGAUAUGGUGUAAAACGUAAAACGAACUAGCCUAGUGCAUGUGUCUGAUUCUAUAACUACUAUAAACAGCUAUGAGUAACAUUUAAAAAAAUUGUGCAACUGCAAUGGACUAUGCAGCGAACAUACAGCAAAAAUGGAAUGUAUAGCAUUCAAACAAAAAGCAAAAUGGUAUCUGUGUAGCUGUAAGUAGUUGAUAUACAUCAAUGAAAAUAAUAUGAUUUUAAUGGAAGCUAGCAAUUAAAGUAAAUGAAGAGACAUUUAUCAGAAAACGGUACGCCCUAGUUUUUAUUCUGAUACAUAUAUUUGUAUGCAUUCAAGCGUGUGCAAGUGAUGUAUGUUUGCAGGUUGUUCAAUUACAGUCUUUAAAUGUUUAGAACCCAUAUUGGACGAUAAGAAACUAUUACUGUUUCGUCCUAUAAUCAUUUAGAAUUGAGUCUACAUUGUUCUAUUUUACUUGAUUCUUUUAUGUUAAUGUCAACCCUCGUCUUUAACGUAUGAUAGAAUUGUAUGUAGCAACAUCUCGUGCAGAAAACAAUCUUUUCCUAAACAAUUGAAGGAGGAAACGCAUUUAGAUUUGAUGUUUGUGGAUACAAUGUAAUAUGUUAUGCUUAGUUAUCAAUGCUUAGUUAUACACGGAUCGCAUCCGUUGCCCUCAAGCAGACGUUUUCAAAUACAAACAUUAAACUAGAAACAUGCCCAGCACUAAUGUCUGUUGUGCUAGGUAAAUUACUGAAAGUCCAAUGACUGGAUAGAAACUAGCACAACAAUGAAAAUUAUUACCCGAUUAUGUCUACUAUCUAAAAUCAGCAUCCAAAAGGCAACCUAAAACAUAGGAUUCUGCAUAGUUAAAAGCAUAAACUGAUGUUAAUGUGAAUUUCUUUUUCUCAAAUGUAUUCAAUAUAUUA